AUGUUUUGCGUUCCGCUCUUCAGUAGGAAAUGGAAGUUCCCAAAGGUCGCCAUCGGCCUCCUCGCCCUAGAGUUCGCCGCCACCGUGGCAGUCUUGACAAUGUUCGGCAUUGCGGCCCCGAACCUCUACCGCACCAAGCUGUGGCAGGUGGGAGCAGAUAAUGGCUUCAACUCGAGUCCGACCCAGAUAUUAUACGCAUAUGCGAAUCACCGCCCCAUCCCGAAGACGCCGUUUAUAUGGUCCCAGACAUUGACCGACUUCAAUAUUGCCAUUUCGGUGCUGUCCAUGUUCAUCAUGCUCGUCAAAUUCGUCCUGUUCUCGCUGCACAUCUGGUUCCCCUUCGUCAGCAACGUCAUCAAUGUAAUCCUCACGGCGUUAUAUUGCGUGAGCAUAUACGGACAAGCUGGGCCGGAUAAGUCGGAUCCAAAACGUCCUUCCAGUUCGGCCUGGUACCUCAGCAAGAGCUGCUCGUACGCAAAACCCUCCGGCAAUGAGCACUACUGCAUAAUGGCCAAAGGAACAUUCGCAGCAACAGUUAUCAUGACAUUCGUAUUCAUCCUCCACCUCAUCCUCGGAAUCUACUCCAUGAUCCCCACGGCGGCGCAACGCGCCGCCGACAAGAUAGAAAUCGACGACAUGCAAGGCGACGCCACGUCAGAGCACCACCACGUCGAGAUGAAGAAUGUCCACAAGGCAACCGCGACACCCUACACACCCCGAACCCUCGCUUUCAACACCCUCGAUAGACAGCUGCCAUUACGCGCCCAGGACAGUAAAACUCGCUAUGCGUGA